UCACCCAUCUUUCCCUCUUCCUGGUCUGUUUCAGCCCCUGUCCUUCCUCUUCUCUGUAUCUCCUGUGACUCACUUUUGUGGUCCACUUCUACAUCUCAGUACUUGUUAAUAUUCAGCCCAUUCCUCCACUGUCACAUAACUUUUUCAAAACACAAAUUACCAGCCCUCCAUUUCCCUCUCCCACUUUCCUUCCUCCUGUUCAGUUUGCUUCUUUCUUCCUCUGCAGUUGUCUACCUUUGCCCCACUGCAGCUCGCCUUCCUCUUGACUCCUCCUCCUAGCAGCCCCAGCCCUAAUAGUGCUCCUUAGGUCCUUUACGCCUUCCUCAGCCUCUUUCCCACCCAAUACUUGUCCCCAUUUCCCCUCUGACCCCAACUCGCUUCAUUGUUCCCUUCCAAUUCUCUCCCAGUAGUUGCUUCCCAGGCGCCUUCUCCAAUUCCAACCUCUGCUCUCGCCGAUCUCUGCCCUCUCUCUCCGGUUCUCUCUUGCCUUUGCCUCUCGCUCUCCCCUCCUUCUUCUUCCUCCGGCCCUCCCCCUCCCUCCCAGCUUCCCUGCCUGGCUCGCUGCCUCCCUCGCCUCUUGUCUCAUCUUGCCUGUGUUGUCUGGGAGGGGAGCCCUGCCUCCUCUCCCUCGCUCAGAUCAAUGCCCUGGCCACUCACUUUCUGAUGUUGCACGACGGGAAAUGCUUUGAAUACUUACGACAUGGCCGCUCACACUGAUUGCCAAGAUUGACAGCACUAACCAUCGCCUUCACUUGUUUCAAGGGGGAAGCCCCUAGUCACCCCGCUCUGCGCGCACCUCCUGGCACCCCGGCGGCAAACUUCUGCCGGUCAACGCUCCCCCCGCCCGGGGCGGGACACCCCCGCAGACUUGAGUUAACGGGCUGCGCCGGCCGCGGCGCUGGGGGGUUCUGCUCCCUUGCUCCCGGGGCUGUGCUAAUUGACCUAGCAUCGAGUCCCCUUGCUUAAUUUUUUUUUUUUUAUUUGUAUCUUUCCCUUUUUCUUUAAUGCCAUUUACUCCCGCGGCGCAGCGCACAAGGAGCCCUCCCGUGCGGUACCAUCCUGGAGCCCGCCCAGGUCACUUUCAUGAAUUCAAAGGCAAUUUACCAGUGAUUUCUGGGUGCUGGGGCUGAUUUUUUGUCCGUAUUUUCAGUGGUUUCUUGUGAUUUGGGAAGGUGUCAAAGGUGUUAUGCCCUCGAGUUCUGAAGUUCUGGCUGAUGUGGUAAGAGAAAGCCGUAUUGAAGAGUGGAAGAGCAGCCACUUCAUAAGAAUGUCUUCCAAGCAAGCCACCUCUCCAUUUGCCUGUGCAGCUGAUGGAGAGGAAGCCAUGACCCAAGAUUUGACCUCAAGGGAAAAGGAAGAGGGCGGUGAUCAACAUGUGGCCUCCCAUCUGCCUCUGCACCCCAUAAUGCACAACAAACCUCACUCUGAGGAGCUACCAACACUUGUCAAUACCAUUCAACAAGAUGCUGACUGGGACACUGUUCUGUCGUCUCAGCAAAGAAUGGAGUCAGAGAAUAAUAAGUUAUGUUCCCUAUAUUCCUUCCGAAAUACCUCUACCUCACCACAUAAGCCUGACGAAGGGAGUCGGGACCGCGAGAUAAUGACCAGUGUUACUUUUGGAACCCCAGAACGCCGCAAAGGAAGCCUUGCCGAUGUGGUGGACACACUGAAACAGAAGAAGCUUGAGGAAAUGACUCGGACUGAACAAGAGGAUUCCUCCUGCAUGGAAAAACUACUUUCAAAAGAUUGGAAGGAAAAAAUGGAAAGACUAAAUACCAGUGAACUUCUUGGAGAAAUUAAAGGUACACCUGAGAGCCUGGCAGAGAAAGAACGGCAACUCUCUACUAUGAUUACCCAGCUGAUCAGUUUACGGGAGCAGCUCUUGGCAGCGCAUGAUGAACAGAAAAAACUGGCAGCCUCACAAAUUGAGAAACAACGGCAGCAAAUGGACCUUGCUCGCCAACAGCAAGAACAGAUUGCAAGACAACAGCAGCAACUUCUGCAGCAGCAGCACAAAAUUAAUCUCCUGCAGCAACAGAUCCAGCAGGUUCAGGGUCACAUGCCUCCGCUCAUGAUCCCAAUUUUUCCACAUGACCAGCGGACCCUGGCAGCAGCUGCUGCCGCCCAGCAGGGCUUCCUCUUCCCCCCUGGAAUAACAUACAAACCAGGUGAUAACUACCCUGUACAGUUCAUUUCAUCAACAAUGGCAGCUGCUGCUACUUCUGGACUCAGCCCUUUACAGCUCCAGAAGGGUCAUGUCUCCCACCCACAAAUUAACCCAAGGCUAAAGGGCCUAAGUGACCGUUUUGGCAGGAGUUUGGACACCUUUGAACAUGGUGGUGGCCACUCUUACAACCACAAACAGAUUGAGCAGCUCUAUGCCGCUCAGCUGGCCAGCAUGCAGGUGUCACCUGGAGCAAAGAUGCCAUCAGCUCCACAGCCACCAAACACAGCAGGGGCAGUCUCACCUACCGGGAUAAAAAAUGAAAAGAGAGGGACCAGCCCUGUAACUCAAGUUAAGGACGAAGCAGCAGCACAGCCGCUAAAUCUCUCUUCCCGACCCAAGACAGCCGAGCCUGUAAAGUCCCCAACAUCUCCCACCCAGAGUCUCUUCCCAGCCAGCAAAACCAGCCCCGUUAAUCUGCCUAACAAAAGCAGCAUCCCCAGCCCCAUUGGAGGAAGUUUGGGAAGAGGAUCCUCUUUAGAUAUCCUGUCCAGUCUCAACUCCCCUGCCCUGUUUGGAGAUCAGGACACAGUGAUGAAAGCCAUUCAGGAGGCUCGGAAGAUGCGAGAACAGAUCCAACGGGAGCAACAACAGCAACAGCCACAUGGUGUUGAUGGGAAACUAUCUUCCAUGAACAAUAUGGGGCUGAACAACUGCAGGAAUGAAAAGGAAAGAACACGCUUUGAGAAUUUGGGGCCCCAGUUAACAGGAAAGUCAAGUGAAGAUGGAAAGCUGGGCCCAGGUGUCAUCGAUCUUACUCGGCCAGAAGAUGCAGAGGGAAGUAAAGCAAUGAAUGGCUCUGCAGCUAAACUACAGCAGUAUUAUUGUUGGCCAACAGGAGGCGCCACUGUGGCUGAAGCACGAGUCUACAGGGAUGCCCGCAGCCGGGCCAGCAGCGAGCCACACAUCAAGCGACCAAUGAAUGCUUUCAUGGUUUGGGCGAAGGAUGAGAGGAGGAAAAUCCUUCAGGCCUUCCCCGACAUGCAUAACUCCAACAUUAGCAAAAUCUUAGGGUCUCGCUGGAAAUCCAUGUCCAACCAAGAGAAGCAACCUUACUAUGAAGAGCAGGCCCGGCUAAGCAAGAUCCACCUAGAGAAGUACCCGAACUAUAAAUACAAACCUCGACCGAAACGCACCUGCAUUGUUGAUGGCAAAAAGCUCCGGAUCGGGGAAUAUAAGCAACUGAUGAGGUCUCGGAGACAGGAGAUGAGGCAGUUCUUUACUGUGGGGCAACAGCCUCAGAUUCCAAUCACCACAGGAACAGGUGUUGUGUAUCCUGGUGCUAUUACUAUGGCAACUACCACACCGUCACCUCAGAUGACAUCUGACUGCUCUAGCACCUCGGCCAGCCCAGAGCCCAGCCUCCCAGUCAUCCAGAGCACUUAUGGUAUGAAGACAGACGGCGGAAGCCUAGCUGGAAACGAAAUGAUUAACGGAGAGGAUGAAAUGGAAAUGUAUGACGACUAUGAAGAUGACCCCAAAUCAGACUAUAGCAGUGAAAAUGAAGCCCCGGAAGCUGUCAGUGCCAACUGAGGAGUGUUUGUUUGCUGAAUUAAAAUACUUUGACAUUUCACCUCCCCUCCCCCAACAAAAAGUUCUUAAAGAGCCCGCAUGCAUUUGUGGCUCCACAAUUACAUCAGCAGAAUGGUCUUAAUUGUUUCGUAAAGUGUGAGACAGAUUAAGUUUUUCCUGAUUUUUCAUGAACUUGAGUUUUUGUCGUUAUUGUUAUUGUUGUUGUUGUUGUUUUUUUAAUUUAGGUGAAGACAUAUUAAAUAUGAGACACCAGGACUUGAAAACUUAUCUCAACCCAUAGCUGUCUUACAAGUCUUAUAUUUUUGUCUUACUUUUUUUUUUUUUCUUUUGGAUGUUGAUAAAGGUUUAAGUUACUGUUUUAGAUGGGGUUAAACAUUCUCACUCAGGUAUGCUGUGCCGGCCUACAGGUUGUGAAUGUGUUUUUAUUCUGAAUUCUUUUAGAGAACAACUAAGGAUUUCCUAUCGUGAAACAGAACCAGUCCACAGCGUGCACAGCUGCGUGCAGAGCAUAUUCAAAAGGCCUCAGAAUUCCAUUGUUUCCACGUGUAGAGUUCAACUCUGAAUGUGCCAAACUUUUUCAUAACUUUUGAAUCUUAAUAUUUUGAAAGUCUUAAAGGAGACACUGCAAAGUCUUAGACAAUCUUUGGCAUCUUAAGAUAACACGACAAACCACACAUUUUUCUUUUCCAGAAAAUGGUAAAGUACUCAGGAAUCUGGAGACAAGAUAUUGUAAGGAAUGAACAAGGUUGCCACAGUGCAGGUACCCAAUUGUGUUUGCCUCUUGACGUGCCAUCCACGUGUGACGCGUUAUACCGCGCGCGCACCAGAGCGAUCACCACACCAGAUACCAACCUGGUGGUCUUCUCUGCCUGAGACCACCUCUCACUACAUCCAUUAUCCCUUUGCCUUUUAACCCUGACAUUCAGUCUUAACACGUUUUCUCUUAAAUUAUUCAUUCCAGAAUGUCAAGGGUCCACUUACUAUUUAUUUGAAAAAAAAAAAAUGUUUGUGGCAUUAAUUUAAUAAUUCUUGUUUUUCACCCUCCUUUCCUGAAGACCUUUUCAGCCCCUUUCACCUCCUUCUCUUGCUAGACACAAAAGAUGCACACAGUGAUUUUAUGUCCCCAGCGCAUCUGGACGCAUUUCUGAAACAAGAUACUAUUCAAUACUUCUACUGGUUUUCAAUGUAAACGUAUAUCUGGCUGCAGGGCUGUGUGUUUGGAUACAGGUGUAAGGUCUUACACUUCAACAGAUAUGCCCCCGAGGUUCUCUGUGACCUCAGAAGCUUUGCCAGAAUCCCCUCUAAUUCAGUUGAGCAGCAGUGGUAGGAUCUGCGUCAGCGGUGUUUCCCCCAAAUGCCAUUCAGCAGCAAGGGUCAGCAGUGGUGACCGCCAGGCAGGAGAGUCCUGCAGCCAAACCCAAAACCCAAGGUUGUGGACCAUGGAGGAGGCUACAGUGAUGCUGUCACGGGCUGGCAUCUUCGCACGGAGUUGCCUUGUCACAUCUGGUGCAUCUAGGGAGUUUUUUGUUGUUGUUGUUUUGUUUUUUGGGUUUUUUUUUUUUUUUUGCAAAAUCCCCCAGGAUGCAAGAAGCCACAUGACAGCCUCCAGGCAAAGAUAGAGGCAAAUAGUCAUGAUACAUCCAGAGAAUGAAAGAAAACCAUAGGGAAGGAGAAGGAGGGGAAAUACAUUCCCUAUAUGGGAUGUUCCUACUGUUAACUCUGGGGAACGGACGACUUCUGGGGCAGCAGCUGAGCUCCUCUGGCUCACUCCCUCCCUCCAUCCAUGGCCACAUGGGGGGGCAUGCCUCCCUGUGAACCAGAUUAACUGCACUGGUCACACAAGGAUUUCUCUGGAGAUGUGCUGAUGGGCUGGGAGGCAGUGAGGUUUCAUUCCCCAUCUCCUAACUCCAGGGAGCUCGGCCAUGCCAUUUUGACCUUCCUGAAACCAGGACUGACUGACUGUGGGGUGGGGGAGGGCCUCACCCAGAGUGGUUCAAUGGGAAAAUGUCAGUUAAUGGGACAGUUCACUUCAUGGGACAACCCAGAAUCUCACCACCAGGACAUAGGAACGGCCCCAUCAGAUUUCUUGAGCCAUUUUGUCACUUGGAAGAAAAUAGUGUACCUUCAUAUUUAUUUAAAGAGUGCUCAAGGCCAUACCUAAUAGCAAUAAAUAGGUCUAGCCAAGAUGUUACUGGCUAUGUCAUUAGCUGGGAGUGCUCUCCAUAAGCUGAUUAAGGUACUGAUAGGAAUGUUUUGUUCUUAGUAUUGGUUGGGGAUUGGAACUUUGUUUUUGUACAUUUAUUUCAAAUGAGGAGGAGGUCAUUUUUUUCUCAAAAGAAAUGAAUAUUUAUUAUUGUUUUACUGAUUUCUGUUGAUUAUAUAUACCUCUCCUCCUCGCUUCAUUCUCACGUUUUUUCCUUUCUCUUGGACUCUUGUGUUUGCUGUCUCCUCCUCUCUCUUCCUUUUUUAUUUUGUCGCAUAGGUAGAGUGCUGUAUGGCUAGCAUUGUAUUGUAUGUAAUUAAUUUUGCACAAAGGCAAACAUUUAGAAUAGUAGGUUAAUUUUGUUUGUUUUUUAUGACCAUGCCAAAAUAAUAUUCUGGGCUGGUGGAGAACAAAGGACUGUUCUUUAGGACUGAAACUUGAUUUUGCUUGUAGCUAAAAAAAAAAAAAAAAAGAAAAAGAAAAAAAAACAACAAAAAACACACACACUCACAGAUGUUGUUUCGUAAGUGUUAUAAGCACUGGAUAUAAAUGGUAUUUUUUAUCACUUCUGACUAAUGUGAAACUUGUACGAAAACUACACGAACAAAAGUCAUCUGUUUCGACUCGUGUGGGCUUGCCUCACAGUUGCCGGAUUUGAGUCAUUUUUAUGUCUUGUUAUUUCAUUUAUUUAUGCAAAAUACAUGUGUGUAUGAACACUUUGUUUUAGCUCCAGCUCUGCCUCAGUACUGGGGUGCAGUCACUUCUGGCCAUGUUCUUAAAAGUGAAAGGCUAUUCAGGAAUGAUCUGAUUGCAAACGUCUCUUUCAUUGGGUCAAACGGCGAUGCUGUAUUUGAAUCUAAAUUCUGUGCAUAAGCAGUUUACUCUAUUUAUUAGCCAAGUUUGGCUCUAAAUAUCCAUGGAAAUUAAGAAUGACAAUCAUAGGGGAUCACUUCGUUUUAUUUUCAGUGGGGCUUAAACAAAGUUUUUAUGACUCUACCAUCUCAUUUUAGAUUUUUCUAAUUGUGUAAAUAUAACAUAGAAAUAGAAUUUAUUUUUGGUUCAUGAAUACGUAGUGAGAUAUAAGUUACGUAUUUCCUUUUUGUUCUCUCUCCGUAUACGUUGGUCCAGACUAGAAGUUGACGAGUCAGUGUACCUCAUGGGGAUAGUGAACUAGCAGCCGCAGUGAGAGAGCAGUGUUCCACCCGCAGCUGGGGAAGCAAAACCCUUCACUCGGGUUCCCAGGCAGUUUAGAACCCACUGUCCACAGGCUCAGACUUUCACUUAUUUUUUUCUCAUAGAAAGUCGAUGAAUUGAUUAUACUAAAUUUCCAGUACAGCUGGGGAAGAGUCAAUUUGCUUUUGUAAAUCCACAUAAAUCUUCUAAGGUAGUUCUGUGACCAUUUACUAGCAAGAAGCAUGAAUGCCUCCGAGAUUGACCAUUAAUAAAAGUCCUACCAUGCCAAUUAGAUUAAAGAAUGCUAAUCAACUGUUUUCAGUGCUUCCUAUUUCACAGUAUCUUCAAAUCAAAGAGAAACCAUCUCCAUGUUGUUAAAGAACUUACAGGAUCAGGAUUUUCCUUGUCACUUAGGAUAGGGACACUGGCGCACAAUCCUCUCCUAAAAAAAAAUGGACCAUAUGGGACAGGAAGGAAGGAAGGGAAAGGAAGGAAUGAAGGAAGGAAGAAAAGAAGGAAGGAAGGCAGAGAAAGGAAGGGAGAGAGAAAGAAAAGGUCAAUCCAUGGACAGGAGCAGCCAGGCAGGCGGUUUCUCUAUUUCCUUGGCAGAGGCGAUGCAGUACCUUCUCCAGGAAGGUAAGAAAGUUAUGUCGUUUUCACGUGUAUUCAGCUCAGUCUUCCAGGAGCACAUCAGUUUGCUUCAUUUGGUGUUUGAGACUCGCCAGCCUUGUCCUCAGGCCCGAUUCAUUAUGCCAGGGUCCUGACACAGUCUCCCAGGCCAAGUUCUAAAUUGAGGUGUGGGCUCACAGUGCUGUUGAGCUUGUCAAAUUCUGGCCUCCCCUGCACAUUAGCCCCACUGGAGCCUGGGGUGUUUGAAAAGGGUGUGAUCACUCUAGGGCUGAAAUUAAAGGCUUCUUUCUUUUCCUUAUGAAGCCGGGCUGCUUCUUCGGAGCACACCCUCCCAAGCCAGGAGCACCAGGCACUAGCUGAAAGCAGGGAUUAUUCCGAGGAAGCCCAUCUACCCCCAGUAGGAAGGCAGCCUGGUCACUUGAACACCACAGGCAGAGGCUGCUUCUCCCAAUUUACUCAUUCUGCAAAGAGCUGACCUCGACCUACUCAUUAGGGAAAGGAGAAAGAAUCACUUCGUAGUUUUAAACCAUAUGAGAAGUCCUGUUCCAAGUGCCAACGACUACAACGAAUGCAGCUAGAGGAAUGUAUUGAAAUUAUUACUGGGUCUUCCUUUCUAAUGAGAAAAAUGACAAAAAUGGUUGCUGUAGCCUUGCCUGAUUUUGUACACGUUUGUCCAAGGACUGAGUUGGCACUGAAGCUCACUUCUCAAAGUAUAAUAAUAUUGUAUGACCUCAUCUGUCCCUUUACAGAAGCAUCUGCAUCAUUUCCUUAAGCCAUCUGCCCCCUGACAUGUCUUCUUCCUUAAUAAACAACUUCUAUCUGUUACUCCUGCUGAUGACGUUCUGUUUCUGAUGCCAUAUACUGUUGAGCGUAACCCUCUGCUAAUAUCGUUGCAAAUAUCGACACGCAAACACAUUUCCUUUUCAUCCCCAUCCCAUCUUUCCUUCUGGGGACAGAUUGCUUUCCAAAAGCUCAUGAACAAGUAGUGGGAAUGCUGGUACCUUUGGGGCAGGGCUAGAGGAGGGGGUGGGGGUGGGGGACAGAAAGGUAAUGCUGAGCUCAGAUACUCUUCCGAUUGGAGUCCGUGGCUAUAUGAACGCUUGACGGUAACUCAGUGACAUAUCUUGCUCAGUAGUUUCUUAUUCCUGAAGAACCACAAGCAUAAGGUGAGGCCUCAGUGCUGGUGCUCUUGGAGUAUGGGGAAUGUGCAAAUAUUUAACUGUUUUGUAUGCUGCACAUUGCAGAUCUGCUCAUGUGCAUUCUCCGUUCGUCUUCCUUUGUCAUACGUGUUUUUGCUUUUUUUUUUUUUUUUUUUUUUUUUUUGGAAAGUGCAGUCUUUAUUGUACCCUUCUUCAGCUUGUAGCAAAUUAGAAUGCUUAGCAUUUAUGUUCAUUCAUUAUUGUAUUUGCCAUGUAAAAUUUUUAUUACCUUAGACAAGCUUAUAAGCUGUUACUACAUAACUUAUCUUACUGUAACUCUUUUAUUUCCCGACCUUGUAAUUUGUUUGUGAUGUAUAUUGUGAGAUUGUAUUCUAUGUUAAUUUAAUCAGCACAAUUCACUGACAUGCUGGACUGACAUGCUGGCUGCUGUUUCAAAGUGUAAAGUUUGUGUAGGGCUGUUGGGACAACUGUGGCUUGUUGUUGAGGUACUGUGCAACACUGCGGGUGUGGCCCUUACGAUGCUAAGGGCAUUCACUACACCCUCGAGCAAAUUUAACUGCAGAUUUUCUUUGUAGAAAUUCUAUGUAUAACGCAGGUACCUACUUGGCCCAUGGCUGGUAACUAUUUGGGCGAUUAGAAAAACAAGAAAACAAAAACCAUAAAAACUAGUGUCUAUUGCUGCUUUGAAUAUGUUUGAAAGUCUGAAAAUGUAAAUAAUUUAUCAAAAAAAAAUCUUGUACAGUCCAGUGUAAAGUUUUUAAAUGACCUUAAGGGUUACCAUCACAUCUCUCUCACACUCUCCUCUUAAUCAUGGGAAAAAAAGUUUGCUAAGGAUUAAAGAAAUGGGGGAAAAAAGAAUAUCUUCAAAUUUAAAGGAAUGAAUCAUUGUUCUUAGCUUUGUUGCAUACACACAUUUCUUGGAUUUCGUUGUGCAGUAUUGACGUGAGAUAAAACUCAACAUUGAAUAAUCUUUCAGUGGUACUUUUCAAAGUCUUCCCCUCCUCUGCCUCAUAAUUAAGGGAAAAGACAAAAUUGAAAGACGCACUGUCUUUAUCUAUCCUGGUGUAUGUUGGCACCUUAGCUACUUUUUUUUUUUCUUUUUGCACAAGGUGCUUUCCUGAUAUGUUAAACAUGCCAUCUUUGGGUGAUAAUGUAUAUGCCAUGAAGGGGCCCCGGCCCCUCAGGGGAGUGUCUAUAAGAACCUGCCUAUUUAUGCUCAUUUACCUCAAGACUGUCCUCUCUACCCUUAAUCUAGUCGUCAUCACUCCAUCUUUUGUACUGCUGUUGACACUUACAAAUUAAAGAUAAAUUUUGUUUUAUGA